CCAAUCAGAGUGCGUUUUCUUACGAUUAAUGGUGGCUGCACUUUAGGCCACCUGGAAUUAGUUUCAAACAGCUGUAUGUGGAUAAACCGCUGAUUUUUUUGCAUCUAACAAAAACUUGUAUUUGGUCAGCGUAUAUAAAAUAUGCCUUAUUAUCAGACAUGGGAAGAGUUUGCCCGAGCGGCUGAAAAACUCUAUUUGACGGAUCCGAUGAAGGUCAGAGUAGUAUUAAAAUAUCGACACUGUGAUGGAAAUAUCUGUAUGAAAGUGACAGACGAUGCAGUGUGUUUACAGUACAAAACCGAUCAGGCCCAAGACGUAAAGAAGAUUGAGAAACUGCAUGGGAAGUUGAUGAGAUUAAUGGUCUCCAAAGAGUCUCACAGUGGAGCCAUGGAGACAGACUGAAUCAAUCCAAGGACAUUUCAGUGUUGAACAGUUGUUUUUAAAACAAUCUUAGGGCUGACUAUUUAAGGAGACCCAGAUCUACAGGUGGAAGAAGAAGUUUGGUUUAAGUUUAUCGACUAAUAUUAGAGAUGACAGGCUUUUGGAAAGAGCAAGUUGCAGGAACUUCCCACAAAAGCAGCUGUGUUUGUAUCCCUUGUAGAGGCUGGAACAAAAUGUGAUGGAUUUGCAGUUUUAUUGUUCAUUUACUUUCUAUACCUUUUAUUUCAUGUUUGGAGAAAAGAAAUUUAACUUGCAACAACAUCAAGGGAUUAUGUUUAGAAACAUCAACACUAUGUUGUGAUUAAAAUCCAGUCUUAUAGUUUGUAUGUCUAUGCAUGAUGUACAGUAAUACUAAAUAAAUGUUUGUUUUUUUCUCCCUUUCAGUUCUUUCUCUACAAGCUUGUAAUGGAAAUGUUUUGGAUGUAUCUGAAUAACUUUCAUUGAUUUGAGGGUGAUAAUGUAUAUUACCUCCAAGUUACUCAUUUUAUAUGUACUGCAACAUCAUAACACACCUUGAUGUUUGUGCAAUAAUAUUUUUAAUCACCAAAUGACAACAUUUUAUCCUCUCUAUAACACCUAAUUUUUUUCAGCUACUCCAUUGUUCAAUGGAAGUAGAUUUGUUUAAACAAGGCUGCAUUUUUAAAGGGAUGGUUUGCCUCAAAAUACAAAUUCUGUUAUUUACUUAGUCAUGUUGAUUUAAACCUGUAUGAACGUCUUUGCUCAAAGUAUAUUCCUCCGUAACAAUUUAGUAAAGAAUCAGUUUUGAAGCACCAUUGACUUCCAUAGUAUUUUUUCUUGCUAUGGAAGUGAAUGGUGCUCCUGCGUCUUGCUUGAUUACAAUUAUCUUCCUUUGUGUUCAGCAGAACAAAGACAUUUAUACAGGUUUGGAUAAACUUGAGGGUAAGCAAAUGUUCGCAGAAUUUGUAUUUUUGUGUGAACUAUCACCUUUAAGUAGAGCGUGUGUUUAAAUAAUUAACAAUAUAGGCUACUUUAUAAUAGAAGUGUACUGGUUCAUGUGAGGCCAUUUACUGGUAAUGCAGAUGGGAACAUUAGUGAAAGUGU